AUGAUCAUUAAUAUUUUAGGUUUGAUCGAGAUGUUAAUGUUAUGCUUAUUUUGUGUAACGUUCGCGCUAUGUUGGACAUGGUGGCAUAGAAACACAAAGUCUAAACUGGAACCACCCGCUUACCCAGGAGCAUUGCCACUCAUUGGACAUACACAUCUUUUGAUGGGUGAUAGUGUUCGUUUGAUCGAGAUGUUAAUGUUAUGCUUAUUUUGUGUAACGUUCGCGCUAUGUUGGACAUGGUGGCAUAGAAACACAAAGUCUAAACUGGAACCACCCGCUUACCCAGGAGCAUUGCCACUCAUUGGACAUACACAUCUUUUGAUGGGAGAUAGUGUUCAUCUUUGGAAUCUUGUGAAACAAAUGUCAUAUACCACCUUAAGAAUGGGAGGUGUGAUAGCGAUGUCAAUUGGACUUCGGACCAUAUACGUGUUAACAGAUCCCGAAGAUAGCUUGACUGUGGCUAACGCUUGCUUACAGAAGGACACUUUUUAUGAAUUUGCUAAACCCUGGCUCGGGGAGGGUUUGGUAACCGGAACAGUAUCAAUAUGGAAGCGUCAUCGAAAACUGUUAAGCCCAGCUUUUAGUCAGCCGGUUUUGGAUGGAUUUCAGGGGGUUUUUAACAGCCAGUCCAGGCGUCUUGUUAAGGAUUUAGAAGUGGAGGCAGGGAAGGGCCCCUUCGACCAUUGGGUUUACAUGCGACGUAAUGCACUGGAAACUAUUUGUUUGACUACCAUGGGAGUUGAUUUCAGAAGAAAUAGCAUUCUUUAUAGCCAAUGCGAGGUAGCGACAGAGCAGAUCUUCAGCGUUAUAAUUGAAAGACUUCAAAAGUUCUGGCUGCACAAUGACUUUAUCUACAGCUGGUCUUCUUUAAAGAAAAAGCAGGAUCAGUGUUUAAGAAUAUUGCACAAUAUCUCUUAUACGGUAUUGCAAGAACGUAAGGCAUCGUACUUAAAUAACAAGAAGAACGGACUAAAAGCAUCAAGUGGUACCAAAUUUAAGGCAUUCUUGGAUCUUCUUUUGGAACUAUCGAUCGAAACGGGAACUUUUAAUGACUUGGAAAUAAGAGAGGAAGUAGAUACAAUGAUUGCCGCCGGACAUGAGUCUACAGCGACCGUACUUAUGUUUACAUUAGUAUUAAUAGGGUCCUAUCCAAAGGUACAGGAGCGAUUAUUUGAAGAGCUACAUUAUGUCUUCGGAGAGGACGACAGGGACGUCACUAAACAAGAUUUAUCUCGAUUGGAGUAUUUAGAAGCUGUUUUGAAGGAAUCCAUGCGAAUAUAUCCUAUAGUUGCAUUGACAGUUAGAAUACUUGAUAAAAAUGUUAAGCUAAAAAAUUAUACACUGACUGCUGGGCGACCAUGUAUUAUAUCCUUGUAUGGUAUCCAUCGUCAUCCAACGUGGGGAGAUGAUGCUGAAGAGUUCAAACCAGAACGAUGGCUAGAUACCCGGACUUUACCUUCGUGCUCUACUGCUUUUGCUGCUUUUAACAUGGGAAGGAGAAUUUGUAUCGGGAAAUCAUUUGCUUUUAUGUCAAUGAAGACUACACUAGCCCACGUACUACGGCAUUAUCGCGUGAAAGGAGAUCAUACCAAAAUGGAAAUAAAGGCUGAUGUAUUGCUGAAACCUGUUUAUGGUCACCACAUUUCUAUAGAGAGGAGAACGAAAUGA